AUGGAUACUAAACAAGAACUUCCCAUUUUCGAUCACUCGUCGUCUGACUUCAACAAAGUUGGCCCUCGCCGCGUCCACAUGGAGCGAUAUUUCCAGGCCCUCGGGUUAUGGAACGCAGAAUGGGUCAAGGCGAGUCGCGAAGCAAAUGAGGAGAAGUAUUGUAAUAGACUUCAACACGAAGGCCAUCUCGAAGUUGGCCAUGUAUACUUCGAGUACCUGAUCGACUACGGUGUCUGGUGCAAUAUUCUCAGCAAUGCCAAAGUACCAUAUGACGACCACCCUUGGCCUGUUGAGCGGAGCACCUGGCCUUCUCCAAAGGACCUAUCCCGAGGUGUCUCUCGGUUCUAUCAGGGUUGGGUCCGUCGAGACAAGUCUUUUUUGAAGUCACAGGGAGAGUCCUCAAAAAAGCGCAAGUCAGAGGUCUCUGCCACGGAUACAACCGUGCCUAGAUCCCAUGGUCAACAUGCCGCUGACAAGCCUUCCGCCGUAACCAAGAAUGCUGUGGUCAGGUUAGACCCAUCGAUUCCUUUUGCCGAGCAGCCAGCUUAG